GAACUCACUACCGAUCCAGAAGAGAGUUGAAUGUCCUGUCUUUGUGCUCAGAUCAGAGUAUGGCAUACAGAAAAUGUGAGUGAGUGGAAGUGGGGAUCUGCAUGCAUGGGAAAUGGAAACACCCUCUUAUCUGAGCUCCUCCUGACAAUAGCAGUGCUGUUUUCCAUGUCACUGUGAAGUCAGACCUUCCGACAAACAGCACCGUAGCCAUGAGCCAGACAGCUGAGGAGCUGUUAAUCAUCUAUGAAUCGGAGGCAGAACAAUGGGCCACCUAUUUGCAUUCAGUCUUCACCGGUCCAAUCUCAGAGGCUGGGAUCUGCUGCUAUGACAUCGCCGCAGUGUCCAGCCGGCAGGACGACUUCCUCAGGCUGGCCCAUUACACCUGCAAGCUCCUGAUCCUUUCCAAGGGCAUGCUGGAGGGUCUGUGCCAGAAGCGGCGCUUCUUCCUGGCCCGUGUAUUGCGUCCUGCAGCUCAUGUGGUGGUGCUGCUGUGUGGGGUGGAGAGUCUGACCCCACUGCUGGAGCUGGUGCCCCUGAACGGUGACGAGUGCCUGAAGGUCUCCAGUGAACAAGAUGCUCAUGAGUACCUGUCUACUGUGACAGAUAUUGUGAGAAAAGGUGCGUUAGCCUCAGCGGCAAAUGUCAACCCCUUCACACGUAAACUAUUAGGAUCAGAGCAAAAGGUGGAACAAAUGCAGUCAACUGGAGCCCACAGUGUCAGAUCCAGCAUUGUGGCCGUUCCCUCCAGAGUUCCAUGCGGGAGCUCUAUGGAAGUGUUCAUUCUUUUGAAAAAUGAGUCGGCUGGCAGCGACGCUGAGCUGGAGUUCACUGGUGAGAAUCAGACGCUGAGACUGAAGCCUGUCUGCUGGAAUGAGCGGAUCCUAUGUGUCAAUGCACCAGAUUUUCCAGCAGGAUAUGUAAGAGUGACUGUGUAUAGCAAUGGGGUGCCAUUGAUCAAGACACAGCUGCAGUACUACAGCAACAUGGAUGAAAUAACCUGCCUUCUGGCAAAGGCAGCAGACCCUGUAGAUUUCAUGUGUCAGGCUCUUCAGGAGUCCUCUGUGGAGAAGCUGGAUCAGAAGUUGUCCUCCAUGUUGUUGGAGGGCAUGCCCACAGGAGGAUUUCGGGGACUGCAGUGUGAAAACACACCUGAAAGAGAGCUUCACCAUGCAGAUGCACCGUCGCUCCUCCACUUUGCUGCCCAGUAUGGAUUCAAGAGCGUCUCCAGCCUGCUCCUGCAGUGUCCAGGCGCUGAGCGAGCACUGCACACCGCCAACCGCCAUGGACAGACUCCCACCCAGAUUGCCAAGAGCCACGGCCAUACAGAGCUUCACGUCUUAUUAAAGGAAACACUGAAUACGUUCAACUCAGGCAAGGACAAUGGUGAUGCCAGUGUGUACGAAAUGAUGUGCGCUGCAGGGACUCCUUCCACCAAACAUGAACAGACAGAACAACGAGGAGGGGAUGAAGAGGGGGAGGAGGAGGAUAUCUAUGCACCACUGAGGGUGAAUGAUGAAUAUGACACCAUCCUGAACUCAACAAAAGCAGUGGUUAUUGCCAAUCGCCCGCCAGCACCCACACCACGGCCUGAGAGCACCCAAGGGAUGGAGAGCGGAACCCCUUACAUCACCCAAGUGUUCCAGAAGAAGAAGAAGACACCACAGCACGACGCUGAUCUGUAUUCACUUCCCACUAAACAAGCACACGGGCGAGAAAACAGCAUCUCUUGCACCUAUGAUACCUUUGUGCCAAACCAGAUAAACGGUCUCCAGCAGCUCAUUGAGCUCCAGCAGAGGGUGAAGGCAGGUUCACUCACUGUGGACGGGGCCCUGGAGCGCUUCAGUGACUGGCAGCGGGUUCAGAAGGGCAUGGAUGGCGUCCAGCAGGAAAAGUUGAGUCAGCUCAGAGCCAGUAUCGUCAACAACAGAGAGGAUGAUGACAGUGUCUAUGAUAAAAUCAACAUCGUUCAUCACAUGCCAAGUGUUACAGUGAGUGAAAGUCGAAGAGGAAGCAAAGCAGUGGAGUCAGAUUUUUACAGCAAGCCAUUUAAAGGACAGCAUUCAGGUUUCUUCUCCAAAGCUGACAAACGGUGAAGAUCUAUUCAAGCCCAUCAAUUGUGUCACAUUUUCCAUAUUUACAGGCACCAUCAGUCUACAAAGACUCUAUUCUUCCACCAAUUAUAUCCGGUUUAAUCUGUUUGAAUACAUAGUCUGUCAUUUUUAUUGUAUAUGUCAAAGUAAUAACAAGUGAAAUUACUGAUUUUUUAAAUGUAUAUCCUACUGCUUGCCUAGCUUUAAUUGCCUAUUAUAAGAUAUUAUGGAAGCACAUUCUGGUUUAAGUAAAAAAGUAUCACAAAUAUAAUGUAUAAUAUGUCUAAUUCUACUUUUGAAAAAAAUCUACAUAAUCAGUAUCAUUUUAUCUUCAUUUUGUGUCUCUCAUGAAAGUUUCUAUGUCAACAACUACCAUGUUAAUUCUGAAAAGUAAACUACUCAUAUUAAAGCUAUUUCUUGUACAUUGAACACUAUUGGCAAUACUGAAAUUGUAAUACAUUCAUAAAUCUUUCACACAGUGAAAAAAUUAAAGUAAUCAACAUCUAAAAAGUGUAAUAGCUUUCCAUGGGUCUGUGUUCCAGGGAAAGGGAAUUAAUUUCUUGGCCUGAAAAGCCUUUACAUCUUUACCUCUAGAGGGCGCUGUAUCACUAAAUAUAUUCAUCACACUC